AUGGACAUCGCCCGCGCGUCCAUGAUUCACGCCCGUGCGCCCCAUUUUCUGUGGCCCUACGCGGUUCGCUACGCUGCUCACCAGCUGAACCUCCAGCCGCGCGUCUCGCGGCCAGGGGCUUCACCGACCAGUCUUUGGACCGGGUCCCCUGGUGUUGGGUCAGCUUUUCGUGUCUGGGGCUGCCUUGCGCUUGUCCGCGACACCUCUGUGGACAAGCUCUCGGCUCGCGCCGUCCCCUGUGUCUUCCUAGGUUUCCCAGUAGCCUCGGCCGACUGGUCCUUUUACCACCCGCCACUCGACCAGUUCCUAGACUCCCGUGACGUCCGGUACGACGAGUCCGUGUCCUACUACACCCGGUACCCCUGUCGAGGUCUCCCGUUUCACCAUCCCCCCCUUUUCCUCGCACCCUCUCUUCCCCCUGCUCCCGCUCCUCCGGUAGUGUCUCCCUCCCCGCAGUCCUCCUCACAGUCCCCUCAGCAGCCUUCGGUACUUCCGCGACAGGUUACUGUGGACUUGGUUGGUGUUGGAGCUGGAGGUGCAGCCACUGGCGGUACUCAGUCUGGGGGUGCUCGUUCGAGGGGUGCUGGAGUUGGAGGUGCUGGCGCAGGUGGCGCCAGCCCUGGGGGUGCUGGAGCUGGAGGUCCUGGCACUGGAGGUGCUAGUUCUGGGGGUGCUGGAGCUGGAGGUGCUGGCACUGAAGGUGCUAGUUCUGGGGGGGCUGGAGCUGGAGGUGCUGGCACGGGAGGAGCUAGUUCUGGGGGUGCUGGAGUUGGAGGUCCUGGCACUGAGGGUGCUAGGACAGGGGGCGCUGGAGCUGGGGACCCUGACCCGGUUGGAACUCCUUCUGGGGACACUGUUAGACCUGCUGGAGCAGCAGCAGCAGCACCACCAGCAGCAGCAGCGGCAGCCGCAGACACAGCAGCAGCAGUAGCUGCCGCCGCCACCGCAGCCGCAGCAGCUCCCUCUGGUGCGGCAGUUGUUCCCACCCGUGAGUGGCCUCCGGGCCCUUGGUCUUCCCUCCUCUCCUCCUGUCCGCUCUCCUUCUCCUCCUGCGUUCGUGCUCGUCCCUCGUCCCCCAUCACCGACCUCCGCACUGCCCUCUUUUGUACCUCUCUUCGUCGUUCUCCUCCUCCGGUGUCAGUUCUCCCGUCUCCUCCUCCGUCUUCUCUUCCUGUCUCCCCUACUCCUAUCUUUGACUACUACCGUGCUGUUCGCCCUGUUGUCUCCCGCGUUCUAGCCACUAGUGUCACCGACCCUUGUUUCUCUCCGUCGUCUGUCUCGGCUCUCACUGCCGCUGUCGCUGACUUUGCCACCGUCAGCCGCCUUGACUACGGCACUCGUGUGGUGCCCGCUCCGCCUACCCGUCCUCUGUCCGUCGGGGGUGAGUUUUCCCCUGGCAGUGACGUCCUAGAGGACAUGCACUCUGAGCUGGAGUACCUGGCAGCCGCUUCUCCCACUCUCUGUACCAUGCUGCUUUCCCCUGAGGGAGACCCCGACGCCCUUGACAUACCGACUCCUCGCACGUAG